ACAAUUGUAGGAAAAAGGAGCAUGAUAUGUACAUACACAUCUAAAGCAAAUUCUAUGUAUAUCUGUGUCCGUUCCCCACACUAGCAAAAGCAAGAGAGAAUCCCAUCCAGCAAUUUCAAAACUCCUCUGAAACUCCAAAACCCUAACCCUAAUCCUUCCUAAUAUUCUCAUUCCACACCAUUAUUGGAUCCUUCUCUGUGUUUGAGAUCCUGCUAUUUGAAUUACAAUUUCCAUUUAUUUUGUUCAAAAGAAAUUCUCCGUCGAGGGAGAUUCAGUUCCACGGUUACCCAGUAAGGUUUAAUACGGAAACGGAAAAGAAGGAAAGGAUCAAGAGAUCUGGGAAUUCGCUAAUCUAUAGCAUCAGCAGAUGCAGUUCUCUAUUGCAGUGGCGCUAAUUCGAUGACCUUUGGACCACGAUGGCAGCUGAGAAGAAAUGGCUCUUCACCCUCUUCUCUGCCGCCUUCGUUUCCGCUCUUCUUUUCCUCUCUGCAAUGUCUGGUUUCAGUGCAUCUGCUUCUUUCGGCUCACGUAGGACGUUCUCUUCCGCUGUUCGGUAUGGGGCUAAUUAUCCUCCUGCUUUUGCUUAUUAUAUCUCUGGAGGGAGAGGGCAUAAAGACCAGAUCUUCCGAUUAUUGCUUGCGGUUUAUCACCCACGUAACCGCUAUCUUCUCCAUCUUGAGCCCGAUGCUUCAAAAGAAGAACGGGAGAAGCUGGUCGAAGCGGUCCGUGCUGUUCCAGCUAUACGCGCUUUUGGGAACGUUGAUGUUAUAGGUAAACCGGAUCCUGUCACGUACAUGGGAUCGUCGAACAUUGCUGCCACGCUUCGUGCGGCUGCAAUUCUUUUGAGGGUUGAUAGCGGUUGGGAUUGGUUCAUCACUUUGAGUGCAAUGGAUUAUCCACUUCUUACUCAAGAUGACUUGUCUCAUGUAUUCUCCACAGUGAGGAGGGAACUCAAUUUCAUUGAUCACACCAGUGACCUUGGCUGGAAAGAGUUCCAGAGGGUCCAACCAAUCGUAGUGGACCCAGGUAUUUACUUGGCUAGGAGGACGCAAAUCUUUCAAGCUACACAGAAGCGGCCGACACCUGAUGCUUUCAAAUUUUUUACAGGUUCCCCGUGGGUUAUUCUGAGCCGAGCCUUCUUAGAAUUCUGUGUGCUUGGUUGGGAUAAUAUUCCACGAACUCUUCUUAUGUAUUUUACAAAUGUACUUAUACCCCAAGAAGGGUAUUUCCAUUCUGUAGUUUGCAAUUCACCAGAGUUCCGUAACACAACUGUGAACAGUGAUCUAAGAUACAUGAUCUGGGACAAUCCCCCCAGGAUGGAACCUCACUAUCUCAACGCUACAGACUAUGAUCUCAUGGUGCAGAGUGGGGCUGCCUUUGCGAGACAGUUCCAUAAAGAUGACCGGGUGCUGGACAUAGUUGAUGACAAGAUCCUAAUGCGUGGUUCCAAUCGUGCUGCCGUAGGUGCAUGGUGCAGUGGCAAGAGACACUGGUGGAUGGAUCCAUGCUCAAAGUGGGGUGAUGUCAAUAUUGUGAAGCCUGGGCCACAAGCAGAGAAGUUCAAGGAGGUACUAACAGGCCUUAUUGAUGAUUUGAGUUCACAGUCAAGAUCAUGCAAGUGAUAUCAAAUAAGGCAGAAAAUUGCUGCCGUGGAACCUCAAUGCGAACUGCCCCUGCGUCGUGAAUCUCCUGAUGCAUUGACCUGUACGAGGCUACCACUAUCGGUUGAGGUAUAUUAAAAGAUUACAUGUAUUCCGAGUUUUGGGUGGUGGUGCUUCCAUUCCACGGUACCUUUUACUUGUAAACGGUGGCCAAGCUAAGGUUGGGGGCCAUGCAUGGCUCUCUCAAAAUUUGAAAUUUUCUAUAUGUGGGCAAUAUAUAAUGAUCCAAUACGCUGUUUAUCAGAAACAAUAAUCUAUUGAUCCUCCACCCUUCCUUUUU